AUUUUAUAAAAAAAAAUACUAGUUAAUUGAUAAAGAUUAUUUUAAGAAUUUUGGGCUAAAAUUUGUUAAUGUGAGACGCCGUUCAUAGUAGUGAUGGAGAAAGAAGAAGAGAUAGAAGAAUGUUCUACUGCUUGCUUUCAUUUAGUCUCUGCUUUCCUUGCCUGUGAACCCCCCGAUUUUGUUAUCUCAUUUGCCAGGGAUUUUGGAGGUGGUUUUAUUACGGAAAGAGUGCAAAGUUUCUUAUGGAACGAAUGUAUCAACAAAUCUGAUGUAAAGUGUAAUUUGCCUUAUUUGAAAAGAUUCUUAAAGAAGCUCAUUGUUGAAAUCGAGUCAAAUGGGGAUGUUGUUUUGGAUGAAUUAUAUGAGAAGUAUAUUUUUUGUCUGGCUUCUGUGAAGGAUGAUGAUUUGGCUAAAGGAAACACAAGAAUGUUAAGAAGAUUUUCUUUUCUAUUUCCUAAGGAUUGUUCACAAGCCUCGAGUUGUCAAAUAUUUAGGAAAUUGGAAGUCGCGUUGCAAUGUUCACUUAACAUGCUUGAAGGCGAUACAGGGUGCUCAAUUUGGCCAUCAAGUCUGUUCCUUUCAGAGUUCGUACUAUCUUUUCCAGAAGUGUUCUCAAGCAAAUCUUGUCUUGAGGUUGGUUCGGGUGUUGGACUGGUUGGUGUGUGUCUAGCUCAGGCAAAUUGCUCCAAAGUAACACUUACAGAUGGUAACUUAUCAACUUUAGCAAACAUGAAGCUCAACUUGGAGUUAAAUCAGCAGGCCACUGAUGUGUUAGGCCAUACACGACAACCCAACACGGUACAGUGCUUGCAUUUGCCGUGGGCGUCUGCAACAGAAAAUGAGCUACGUGAAUUAAUGCCAGAUAUAAUUUUGGGUGCAGAUGUGAUAUAUGAUCCACUGUGCCUACCACACCUUGUACGAGUCCUCAAGAUUCUUUUGAAGCGGGAACAUUUAAACUUACAUUUGAACAAUGGCUCCAAGGACUGUCCACCUGACCGGAGAUGUUUCAAAAGUAAAGAAACCAGUUCAGCAGGUGACCUUGACGUUUACGUCAGAAAAGAAAAAAUAUAUGGCAAUCCUCAUGCUGAUCAUUUGUCUCCUGGAUUAGGACAAAGGCCUGUUGCAUAUAUUGCUUCGGUCAUUCGCAGUAUUGACACGUUCAAUUGUUUCCUUUCGUUGGCAGAAAGAGAGAAUUUAAUUGUGUCAGACAUCACUGAAACGAUGAAGCCGCUUGAUUUGCUUCCUUAUGUAAAAUCAUACCAGCGGUCUAGCGUAAGGAUGUUUAAAAUAUCAUAUUUGUGAAAAUAAAGCUACUAAUUACUAUGUAAUCAAACAGAACUAAGUCUGCUUUGUUGUAAGAAAAAUAUUGAAGUAACUGUUAUGGUAGACAAUUUUUUUUUUCUA